AUGUACCAUCAAAGUCUAAAAAUUGUAAGUCAAACCAUUGUAAUUCAGAGACUGUAUGUCAAAUUGGUAUCUUCGGACAGUCAUGAAUUUAUUGUAAAAAGAGAACACGCAUUAACGUCAGGAACAAUAAAAGCCAUGUUGAAUUGUUCAGGCCAGUUUGCUGAGAAUGAAAGCAAUGAGGUCAAUUUUAGAGAUAUCCUUCCACAUGUGCUAUCAAAAGUAUGCAUGUAUUUUACCUACAGGGUUUGCUACACUAACAGCUCCACCAAGAUCCCUGAAUUUUCAAUUGUACCUGAAAAUGCACUGAAAUUGCUGAUGGCUGCAAUCUUUCUAAAUUGUUAA